GUGUAGACGGUGACCGCGGGCAGCUGAACACGCAGCGCCGCACAGCACAGCACAGCGCAGCGGCUGGGAGGUGUGUAGGAGGCGAGUGGAGUCGGGGCCGCAGGGCGGAAGGAGUAGUUCCCCCCACCCGGCGGAGGCGCAGGCCCCGAGCAUGGCCCCGCUCUGGCUACUACUGGCCGUCCCGCUGCUGCUGCUCCCCCUCUGGCUGCUGAGCGUCAACUUCCGCUACUACUGCAAGAUGGCCUUCUACUAUUCGUGGAUCAUGGCGCUGGCCGUGCCCGUCAUCCCCCUCUGCCUGUGGAGGGGCCGCGAUGUGGACAACAUGAGGAUAGUCCGUAGCGCGUUGCAGCACGUCAAGAAUUUGUACGGAAUUAAGAUUGAAGUGAAAGGGUUGGAGAAUCUGAAUAUCAAGGGUCCAUAUGUCAUCAUCUCCAAUCACCAGAGCUCUCUGGACUUAAUGGGGAUGAUGGAAAUCCUUCCUGAUCGCUGUGUGGCAAUUGCAAAGAAGGAACUGAUGUACACUGGCACGGUGGGGUUGGCUUGCUGGCUUGCUGGCAUCGUCUUCAUCAACCGCCAGAAAAAAAGUGAUGCAAAGAGUGUGAUGACAGAAGCUGCUCAGACCAUGCUGAAAGAGAAUAUUAGGUUGUGGGUGUUUCCCGAAGGGACCAGGAACCACGAUGGGAACAUGCUGCCAUUUAAGCGAGGAGCUUUCCACUUAGCCGUGCAGGCACAGGUUCCAAUUAUUCCAGUGGUCUUCUCCUCUUACAAUGACUUCUACAACAGGGCAGAGAAAAGGUUUACCUCUGGCAAGUGCACAGUUCAGAUUCUUCCUCCCAUGGAGACUCGUGGGCUGACAACAGAUGAUGUGCCAGACCUAACAGAGAAAUCACGGGAUCUGCUCAUAUCCACGUGGGAUGAAAUCUCCGCUCCUUUGCUCAAAGCGAGUGGAAAGCACUAAAAAAAAAAGUUAUCCUUUCACUGAUCUCUUCGUGGAGUGUUUGCGUCAGUGAUGUUUAUGCUGAGGUCCAAUGGUUCAGAUUGUGCAAGAGUUUUACACUAAAGGAAUUUUCAUGGGACAUUAGGAAUUCUUCAUUGAUCAGCAAGAUGCAGUCACUUGGGCUAUGAGAUAGUCUCUUGCUGGGCUGUAUAGGCAGGAGAUCCCAGCCGAUGGAUUUGGAGCCCGAGGUGGGAUCUCUUGCUUGUAACUAAUAGGAAAAGGGCAGACGCUCUGUGAGCUGUUUAACUGCUGUCAUUUCUACUACCCAGGUGCUCCCUCCCUCUCUCCCACCCUCACUCAGGCUGUUUUACUUUGUGAGUUCCAUUGUCUUCCUGUAGUGUACCUAAGUUCCAACAUAUAACGUUGGAUACGUUCGAACACGCAAGUUAAGGCACUAGGCUGGAAUCUAUGGCUGCCAUUCACAAUUAUUAACCAUGAUUAAAUGCCAUCGCAUUCAUUAAAAUAACAGCAGCAAGCUGUCCAUUAGAUUGCAGUACGUAACAAUUUUAUGUUUUAAUGUACAGAGCGGGAUAAUCGUUGGGUCGUCACGGAUCCCAUUAUUACAUUCCAUGUCCUUUCUUGAUCAGGCCUCUGUUUCCUUGCCUAAAUCAUUUACCUGGGAUGUUGGUGCCAACCCUCCCUCCCGUAAGUGAGUCAGAGAUACUGUUCCGGUAUGCACUAUUGACUUGUUCAAAUGCUUUCAUCCAAAAUGUAUUUCACUUGUUGAGUUAGCUACUGUGUAUUUAUUGAGGCAGAUAUGUCUUAAGCUUCGAGGGGGGCAAUUCCCGCGAAUGAGGUAGUCACUGCCUGCAUUGGCGAUGAGCUAAAGCCGCAGUGAGUUUGCGCACAUAGGUCAGGGAGCUGGUGUAAAUUACAAGUCUCAGUAUUCACGGCAUACUAGAUGUACACAAUUUAACCUGCAGUUAAAUGUAUGUGCAAAUGUGACUGUACUAUAUUUAUGGCACCAGAAACGAAUUGUGUCCAUCCCCAGAAUUUAGUCUAGCAUUGUUCAUUGGGUCAGAUAAUGUGGAAGCUUCCUUGCCUGUCACGGCCUCUUCCCAAGUAUCUUUGUUUAGAGCCAUAGAUAUAUAGGUUCUGCAGCUAUUAUUUGCUCUUGCUUUUGAAUGUCCAUUUCUCGACCAUUUGCAGUUGUCCUGGUAAAAUAUUAAAUAAUGUUGCAUGCAAAUGUAAUUUGAUUGUUUUAGGCUUGUGUGAAGGCAUUCAAACCUUUUAAAAGUUAUUUUCAAUCAACUUUUGAAUAAAUAUUUAGCUGCAAGUCUGUCUUUGUACCUUUUCCCUCCUUCCCAUUCCUUUGAAAAUUGACAAUUGGUUCUGUCUUAAUUGGGUGUGACAACAGCAUUUUAGUGAACAAUAAAGCGAUUUGGGCCAUGAUAUUUCAGGGGUCAGGUGUAAUUGCAGAAUACUUGAAAGGUAUUAGCACAGAUUGCUUGAAAUGUUGCCAUACUUAUUGCAAAAUAAAAUACCAGCAAUGCUUAAAUGACA